GCUUCCCGGAAGUGAUUCUCCGGAAGCAGUAUCGUUGCUUCCCUGCCCUGGCCAGGCCCAGCCCGCUGAACCGCUGACAAGAUGCAGUCAGAUGAUGUUAUCUGGGAUACACUAGGAAACAAGCAAUUUUGUUCCUUCAAAAUAAGAACCAAGACUCAGAGUUUUUGCAGAAAUGAAUACAGCCUGACUGGACUGUGUAAUCGGUCGUCCUGUCCCCUGGCAAACAGUCAGUAUGCCACUAUCAAAGAAGAGAAAGGACAGUGCUACUUGUAUAUGAAGGUUAUAGAACGAGCAGCUUUCCCUAGGCGUCUUUGGGAACGGGUCCGGCUUCAUAAAAACUAUGAGAAAGCACUGGAGCAAAUAGAUGAAAAUCUAAUUUACUGGCCCCGUUUCAUUCGACACAAAUGUAAGCAGAGAUUCACCAAGAUCACCCAGUACCUAAUUCGAAUUCGAAAACUUACACUAAAGCGACAGAGGAAACUUGUUCCUUUGAGUAAGAAGGUGGAACGGAGGGAAAAAAGAAGAGAGGAAAAGGCAUUAAUAGCUGCUCAGCUGGACAACGCCAUUGAAAAGGAGUUGCUGGAGAGACUGAAACAAGAUACGUAUGGCGACAUCUACAACUUCCCCAUCCAUGCCUUCGACAAGGCCCUGGAACAGCAGGAGGUAGACAGUGGCUCUUCAGAUGCUGAGGAAAAUGAUGAAGAAGAUAAAGAAGAUGUGGGAAAAAGAGAGUUUGUGGAAGAUGAUGAAGUUGAUGAGAGUGACAUAAGUGAUUUUGAGGACAUGGAUAAACUGGAUGCCAGCGGUGAUGAAGAUCAGGAUGAUAAAUCCUCCAGUGAGGAAGAAGAAAAGGCCGUUGACACUAAACACAAAGGCAAAGCACCCUUGAAAGGACCUUUGAGGAGGAAAAAAGCAUAUGUAGAGAUAGAGUACGAAGUGGAGACAGAGCCCGAGGCCAAGGCCAAAACCAUGUGAUUUCCCUUCAGACGUUUAUAAACAGGACUGGACAUUUUGAACUUCUUCCCUUUUUUUAUCUUAAACACAUACACACUUCUGGGUUUUGCUCUUUAUCUUGUUUUUAACACAAUAUUUGUGUUUUUAAUAUUUAUGCUACUUCUGUGGGGCAAAAAAUCUGGGAGGGAGUGGAGAAAAGCCUAAAUUGUGAACAGAGUAUUUUUAUAGCAUUGUUACAUGUGCUGAAGUAACAGCUUGAGCCCAAGAAACGUAACAGAUGAGUUUGUGGGUGUAAAUAUUUCUAAAUUUUAAAUGCUACCCACCCGUUUCCUUGGUAUCCUCCCCCUCCCCCCUUUAUUUAGAAAUGUCCAGACUUCAAUUUUUUCAUGUUCUCUUUUCCCUACUUCUAUGGGAGUAAAAAGGAAAGAAGGAAAAAGAAGAUCUGAGUUACAAUGUUUAAUAUAAAUAUACCUUUUUCCUGAAAUAAUUCCAUUUAAAACAAUUGGAACAGAAAGAAAAUCUUUUCCUCUUCAGGAAAGUAAUACAAGUCUUAAGUUGCAUCGUAGGGAGCUCCUUCAGAAAUCUGCUGCACUCUUCGGAUAUAGUUCCCCACCUUAUCGUCUUCACAGCUUUGGGGGAUUUUAGCCAGGAGACCCUGAAACAUCAAACCAAACAGUCUUUGUUUUUUUUGUUUGUUUGUUUGAUACGUGUUUUCCUUUUACCUUGGUGGUUCUUUCUUGGUACCAUACUCAAGGGAAGGAUGGAUGACGCUAGGGCACAGUUCACAGAACAGGUGUAACUUUAGAAACGGAAGUGUCCUACUGGAGCACAAAGAAGCAGCUUUCUACCAGUCAGGGUGAAUCAGAUUAAAUCUAGGGCUUGAAAAGUGCCCAAGAUUAAAAAGCCAAGAUGAAAUAAUUUGAAUAAAUCAUGCUACCCCUAAAUAUUUUUAGGAUAUGAAUUUCUUUUCAUGCUGCCUUAUAACUUUCAAUUGAUUUCUAAAUGGGGUAAGAAAUGAGACAAUAAUUUAUAAAUUAUGUAUACGUGGACACACAGCUAUUAUAUGCUAUGGCUUUGAGAAGUUAACUUCUGUGGCAUAUGAGACCAAAGGAAGAAUUCCCACGUGGAUAAAUAAGCAUGUGGAAAACA